GAGAGAGAGAGAGGGAGAGAGAGAGAAGGGAGAGAGAGAGAACAGGGAGUCUUAGAGUUUAGUGGAACACAAAUAAUUUUGUCACCAGCGAGCUCUGACUUGUAGAGACAGAGACGGUGCUGGUAAAAAGAGCGAGAGAGAGAGGGAAAGAGAGAGAGAGGGAGAGAGAGGGAAAGAGCGAGAGAGAGUGAGAGGGAAAGAGAGAGAGAGGGGGAAAGAGAGAGAGAGGGAAAGAGAGAGAGAGGGAAUAGGGGGAGAGUUAAAUAGAGGGAGGGAGCAACACGCAUGUUCUGACAGAGGACAAGAAAGAGAGAGAGAAACGUUUUCACUCCUAGUGAAAAGCAGUAGAGAGAACAUAGAGAGAGAGAAAGAGAGCAUAAAGAGAGAGAGAGAGAGGACGUAAAGAACAGGAGAGAUAAACGGACAGAGCAGUGAGGGAAGUGGACAAAAAGAGACCCUGCAAUCUGAUCACUGUGGCAGUGUGUGAAGUGAGAGUUUUUAUCUCUAUCUAACCAGGCUCGGGCUCGUACCAUCACUCACCUUCCCAACCGACGCGCGCUGAUCUGGUCUGUUCAUUUCUUACUUUUCUUUCAUUAACAAAGAGAUCCGUCCUGGUUUUAUGCGUCAAGUCAUUUUCCUAUGGUCAACUAGUGGGGUAUUGUGAACAUCUCUGCUCGUCUUUCUGCUCUAGUUUAUAGAAUCUCUGUCCUUGUUGAAACAGGUUCAGUACCUCGGUCCCUGUUUCUCUUUGUUUAGGCACCGUCCAGAGGAACACAGAGCAGGCAGAGCGCAUCGUAGACGUCACUCUCCUUUCUACCGGACUAGAAAUCUACUAGGCUGAGUCACAAGGCUGUCUGUCUGUCUGGGGUUCUCCCUUCGUGACUCAGAGGAGACUCAGGUGGUUUUCACACCAGUGACAGCAAUAACAGCAGUGUGGGGGCAUUAGGCUGAGGGACUCUCUUCAUCACCACAGCAGUGUGGGGGCAUUAGGCUGAGGGACUCUCUUCAUCACCACAGACCUUUCAUUGUUCUGGUCUGUAAACACCUUGCGUCAGUCACACUUACACUCUGACUGAUUCACUGUUCUCUGAGGGGGGAGAGAGAGAGAGAGAGAGAGAGACAGAGAGAGAGAGAGAGAGAGAGAGAGAGAGAGAGAGAGAGAGAGAGAGAGAGAGAGAGGGGGGGAGAGAGAGAGAAAAGAGAGACAGAGACAGAGAGAGAGACAGAGACAGACAGACACAAAGAGAGAGACAGAGACACACAGAGAGAGACACAGAGAGAGACAGAGAGAGACAGACAGACAGACACAAAGAGAGAGACAGAGACACAGAGAGAGCGAGAGAGAGAGAGAGGGGAGAGGGGAAAAAAGAGCACUGAAGGAGAAAGGUGUUGAGAAGCAGAACAGACGGACCAUGAGACUGGUGUGUUUGGUCCUGGCGGCGCUGUGCUUGGCGGGCAGCGUGAGCAGCAUGUCCACCUGUAAGACUCUAGACCUGGAGCUGGUUAAGAAGAAACGCAUCGAGGCGAUCAGGGGACAGAUCCUUUCCAAGCUGAGGAUGCCCAAGGAGCCGGAGGAGGAGCAGGCGGGAACAGAGAAGGAGAUCCCUGUAGCGUUGCUCUCGCUCUACAACAGCACCGUGGAGCUCAGCGAGGAGCAGAAACUACAGCCACAACCCACCACACACACACUGGACGAAGAGGAGGAGUACUUCGCCAAGGAGGUCCACAAGUUCACCAUGAAGCAGGAUAAGAAUGUCACCAAGCACCAGAUGCUGUUUAACCUGAAUGAGAUGAGGUCCAGCAUUGGGGACUACCAUCUACUCUCCAGCGCUGAGCUCCGCCUGCUCAUCAAAACCACUAACAUCCCGUCUGGCAGUGAGCAGCGCCUGGAGCUCUACAAGGGGCUGGGCGACAGCAGACGAUACCUGGGAUCACACUUCGUCACCAACAAGUGGAGUGACCGCUGGCUGUCUUUCGACGUCACUGAAACACUCAAGGAAUGGCUGAAGGGGACCGAGGAAGAGCAGGGCUUUGAGUUGAAGCUGUACUGUGAGUGUGGUAAACCCAUGGAAAAGUUCCUCUUCAGUAUCUCCGGGUUGGACAGCGGGGUACGAGGUGACGUGGCUGGUCUAGCCAAGAACAUGAGGAAGCCUCACAUCUUGGCCAUGUCCAUUCCCCAGAACUACAGCUCACAGCUCACCUCCUCGCGUAAGAAACGGGCCGUCGCUACAGACGACACCUGCACAGAUAAAACAGAGAACUGUUGCGUAAGGAAACUCUACAUCGACUUCAGGAAAGAUCUGGGCUGGAAGUGGAUCCACCAGCCAAAAGGUUACCAUGCCAACUACUGCAUGGGCUCAUGCACCUACAUCUGGAAUGCUGAAAACAAAUACUCUCAGAUCCUAGCCCUGUACAAGCACCACAACCCAGGAGCGUCGGCCCAACCGUGCUGUGUACCCCAGGUCUUGGAACCUCUGCCAAUCCUCUACUACGUAGGGAGACAACACAAGGUGGAACAGUUGUCCAACAUGAUUGUGGAGAGCUGUAAGUGCAGCUAGAAGACAUCGGUCAUAUCUCCUCUUAUCUCCCCAUAUCUACUCUAUCUCCCCUAUCUCCUCUGUCUCCUAUUAUCUCCUCUAUCUCCUCUAAUCUCCUCUAAUCUCCCCCAUCUCCUCUAAUCUCUUCUAUCUCCUAUCUCCUCCUAUCUCCUCUAAUCUCCUCUAGCUCCUCAUAUCUCUUCUUAUCUCCUCCUUUCUCCUCUAAUCUCCCCUAUCUCCUAUCUCCUCUAUCUCCUCCUAUCUCAUCCUAUCUCCUCCUAUCUCCUCUAUCUCUGCCUCUUCUUUUUCCUCACACACACCGAUACGGACACACGGAGAAGGAAUGGAGGGAGGAGAGAGAACUCAGAGAGGAACAAGAGACGAGAUAGAAGGAUUGACUCUGGGAUGGAGGAGUGGAACAAGAGACGAUCGAUGACAGAACCAACCUCCUCCCUGAUGGAACAAGACCAGAA